AUGACGGAAGAAAUGGGAAGAUAUUCCGAUGCUGUCAAAAGCAAAUUGGUCAAGAAGCUCGAUGAUGGAACGCAUAUUUAUGAAGGAACUCUUUGUCAUCCGUGGACUGUUGAAGCUGUGUCACAUGGGGGUGAGUAUUGCAUUUCAACUCUGCCUGCUGUGACGUUUAUUGAGCGCAUUCCGUCUAAACAACAAGGCUACCUGAUGGGCUGCAUCAUUCAAGCGGUCAUAAGUUUCCAGUCCAAUUCAUCACCAAAGCAGCUCGAUCCCAUUCACAUAUCUUCACAUUAUCUUAAUCCAUCCCAUCCUGGUCAGUUUGAAGUGCAUGUUAGGCCUCAUAGGCUUGGGCGUCGUUAUUCCAACAUCACUGCCGACUUGUUCCAGCAGGGAAAUAUGUGUAUCACGUCGCGCGUAAUCGUUGGGACUCUACCUGAUCCGUCGAAGAUCCCUGAAGACCGUUCGAUGCCGAGUCUGGCGUUACCCCACCCAUUCGCCACUCGCAUACCUUUCCGUUCGCAUCCCGCUGCCGGAAAUAUCGAUCAACUGCCUUCCAAAUUGGUUUUCCGAGACUGCCUGAAAUCAAGUUUUGAUCAUGCUGUCGCCGAAAGAACACUGGAAAAAAUGAAGAACCCCGCUGACUCUGAUGGGGGUCUUGAUCACGCCCAGUGGUAUCAACUACUCGGCGAGAAGGAUGGUGAGCGAGUAGGGCUUCCUGCCAUCCCUUUCUUCGCCGAUUUGUGUAGGAACACUCCUGGAAUACUUCCCAAGGAUAUUGCUGCUCCAGACAGCUUAAUUCGAAGUUGGUUCCCAACGCUUGUGCUGAAUCUUGAGUUUAAACUCAGCUUGUCCAGUCUCCCUGGCUAUAUUUCCCCUACAACCUUUGGAGUUUUCAGUGUCGGAAGAUUUAUUUGGCAAGGACGCCAUGAGGUUCGUUCUGAAGUCUGGACAUCCCCGUCCGAGAUUGGGACCGGAGGUCGAGUUGAUCCUGAUUGGAGAGAGAAGCAAUUUUGCGUCGCUAUCGCCACUCAGAUGGCUCUUAGCAUCCCAAUCGAAGUGAACAAGCGGAAAGCAAAAUCUAAUUUAUAA